GUGACACUGGAGUGGAGAGGAGGUGGAUCGUUCCCCAUCUCUCUCGCCUCAGCUUCUCCCCCUCGUCUCGUCGGCGACGCACUCCACGGCGGCGCGCCGGUGCUCCGAUCCUCCCCAGCGACGCACGACAUGGGGAAUUUCGCGUCGAGGGAUGCUUCUUCUUCAGUCAAAGAGGCACAAAGGGUAUCAGCAACCAGCUGCAGGCCCAAGGACUCAAGGAGGAAGCACUGGGACUCUGAGAGUAUUCAAGAUUGGUUGGAGAUGGCGGAAUUGGCCGGGCCGCGGGUGUACAGCUGCUGCCAUUGCUGGAACCACGUCUGCCUCCACGACGAUGUCAUCUCCAAGGCCUUCCACGUGAACAACUUCACCAAGGUGUCCUUACCGAUUUUGGCCCCUGCGGUCGGGAUCAAGAGUGGACAGAGCUUAAUAAUCAAUAAAUAGGAACUUAGAUGAACCAGUUAUGCUAUACUGGUUGGGGAUGCCAUCCUAAAAUUACUAGUAGUGGGUACUUGUCAA